UCUCCGCCAUCAACGAAAGUCGUAUAUCGACGAUUUUCAUCGACUUACAAAGCUAUCGCCAACUUCGCGAUGUCAGAGAACAUCUUAUCCCUUUUUGGUUGGGAGAAAAAGCAACUACCGAGUCCUCCGUCCACCAGCAUAACAGGCGUGAGAAUUCCGGCCGAUGGCACGCCAGCUCACCUCGUCAAGCUUCCAACAAUUAGUACAGAGACCACAUCCGACGCCACAGACUCUUUCCUCUUCCACGUCCCCGAUUUGCGCGAAUAUUGGGGCACAACUCAAGCGUGGCUUUAUCGCGAUAUCGAAAAGAUCCAAUUCCGCCAUCAGCAUCAACCCGAAGAGCGCGAUGCUCAGAAAGAGACCCAUCUCCAACAAUGGGAGUAUCUCAUAAAGCGGGAACGGGAUUCUCUCCCGUUUCCUUUUGAUAUCAUGCAACACCAAUCACAGAGGCAGAUAGAGUUUGCUUCGCAGUCGCGACAUCUCGUGCAGGACCGUUUCGCGUCGUGUAUCGGCAAUUACUACAUUUUUUACUCUUUUGACAUGGAUAAUUUACCGCAGAACCAACAUGUUCCCACUUGGAUUACGAGUGAUCAUCAUAGUUGGUAUGGAGACGUCUUCCUGGUUAAAGUGGCACCGUAUGAGUAUGGGGGAUAUGGAUGGGCUUUAUACGAAGAUAUUGUUCCGGAGUUCGUCAAACUGCUGGCUGAAGGACCAACUUCGAAGAGCGAGUAGCACAUUCGUUUCACAGGAACUAUGCCAAGAUCUACAAAAC